AUGCCGGGAGCUGUAGUCCGUCAAUGCCGCUUCACCUGCAUGCAGAGGGCGGGGACGGUGGCCAGAAAUGUUAGCUGGAAAGAGGUAAUGACCACCAAACCUGACGCCAGGGGCCGGAACUACAGUUUCCACCGCGCGCGGCAAGGUAGGAGGAAGAAGGGCACUGAGGGCUGCAAAGGUAACAAGGAGAAAAAGCAAACACAACCUGCUCGCCAGCCAGCAAGGAGCUCAGCCAGAGCCAUGCGAGCAGCAGAUGAGAACGUGGACUAUUUGUUCAAGGUCAUCCUCAUUGGCGAUUCCAACGUGGGGAAGACAUGUGUGGUUCAGCAUUUCAAGUCUGGGGUCUACACCGAGUCACAGCAGAACACCAUUGGGGUGGACUUCACCGUGCGCUCCCUCGAGAUAGACGGCAAGAAAGUGAAGAUGCAGGUAUGGGACACAGCAGGCCAGGAGCGCUUCCGCACCAUCACUCAAAGCUACUACCGGAGUGCCCACGCCGCCAUCAUUGCCUACGACCUCACGCGGCGAUCCACGUUCGAGUCUGUCCCUCACUGGAUUCGCGAGAUAGAAAAAUACGGCGCCGCUAACUUGGUCAUCAUGCUGAUCGGAAACAAAUCGGACCUGUGGGAGAAGCGGCAUGUCCUGUUCGAGGACGCCUGCACACUGGCUGAGAAGUACGGCCUCCUGGCUGUCUUGGAGACGUCCGCUAAGGAGUCCAGGAACAUAGACGAAGUCUUCAUCCUCAUGGCCAAAGAGUUAAUUGCCCGCAACAGCCUGCACCUGUAUGGGGAGAGUGCCCAGCAAGGUCUUUCCCAGGAUUCCAGCCCAAUUUUUGUGGCCCAGGGCCCCAACGAGAACACCCGUUGUACUUGCUAAAUGCGUGUGGGAAGCCAGAACAGAAGCCAGGGUACACAGACGCCAGUGUUUCCAGCCAGAACUGCAGGCGGAGCCUUACUCCUGGCCUGGAUGGGCAGCACAGACUCUGAGGACAAGGGGAUGCCGAUGUCCUUAAGGACUCCUUGAGAAAUGAGAACUUCAGGACCUGGGGGAAGAGGUUUAGGAUGGACAUUCCCCAUCCUGGUUCUGUCUCCCCAACACCCCAAAUGUUUUAUAGUGGAGUUUUCUUCUCUGUUGUACAAAGACAGCAGUGAUGGCAAGGAGAGAGUGGGAAUAUGGAGAGAGAUAUCGGAACAGUCUAGAUUUGGAAACAGGUGGGGGAAGGCCUGUAAUGAAAAACCAGAGUUGCCAGACUGGUGGCACACGCCUUUAAUCCCAGCACUCUGGAGGCAGAGGCAGGCGGAUCUCUGUGAGUUCGAGGCCAGCCUGGUCUAUAAAGCAAGUUCCAGGACAGGAACCAAAGCCACAGAGAAACUU